CCCAGCCCUUUCGCUUUUCUUUUCAUUCACAACGACGUGUCGAGCAAAGCGCUGGCAAAGGAGUUUGUGAAAGUUGAAAGUGGUGUUUUUCUCAGAAGAAAUUGGAGAUGACUGCCAACUCCAGUCCAAAUCUAUUUCGUCUAAGUCUUCCUGAAUGGCUUAGAGAACAAGUGGAUAGUAAGAAGCACAAAGGAGUCUAUUGGAUUAACGAAAAGGAAAGAAUUUUUCACGUACCUUGGAAACACGCAUCAAGAAACGGUUGGGAAGACGGAGAUGUGUCUCUGUUUAAAGCUUGGGCCAUCUAUACAAAUCGAUACAGAGAAGGUAUUGACAGACCAAGGCCUGCUCUGUGGAAAACAAACUUUCGUUGUGCCAUCAAUUCACACAACUCCAUAUGCUUUCUUAAAGACCAAGGUCAGAGAAAAGGAGAUAAGGCGCAUCGAAUAAUGAAACUUAUUGACCCACCAAAAAAAGGUAGGAGACUAUUAAAUUCACCAGAAGACGAUUCAACUGAAGUUCCACGUAAGUUAGUAAGACUGACAUAUCCCAACUUUGGUCCUCCCCCAGACUCGAAGUCGCAUAAAGCACAGCAAUCAUCAAAAUCUCAAAAUGUUAACAGAGAUAAAAUGAAAAAUACUAGCCUUCUUUGUGAUCAAUGCAUCGAAUUAAAGCGACGUAUGCAUUUCAUACUUGAAUCUGCCAUAAAGUGUCCACAAAACAUUGAAAACAACCCAGACUAUCUAAAUAUUAAAGCUAAAUGCAUAAAUUGGUUAACUUCAAAAGCUCAUAUAUGUAACGAUAAAGAUAUUAAUGAUAUGAUUGAAAAUAUUUUGCCAACAUUGCCAUUUGUACCUAACAAUGAAGCCAAAUCCAAGCCAAAUCUACAAGAUUUAUAUGUAAUUGGAAAGGCCCUACAAUCUGCCGAUGGUAGUGUGAACGUGAUUGUGAAAUCAGAGGACGAUAUUCAUAAAAUUGAUGUUGUUACACAGGAAGAGGUUGGCAAUGAUAAAACUGUGGUAGAAAAAAUAAAAAAGGAAUGCCAUUCAGAUGAAGAUCAAAGUGAUGUAGAGUAUGACGAUUCAUUUUUUCGGCAUAAAGAAGUUGAAUGUCUCGCCAUAAGCGAAGGUGAAGAUGAACUUAUAACGCCGCGUAAUGUUUAAAUUUAUUUCAUGAUAUGUGUGUUAAAUUAUGUAGUGUGUGUGUUCGUGGAAUGAUUAUAAUUAUAUGUGUGUGUUCGUGGUCAUAUAAAACGAUAUAUAUCUUUGAAACUUUGAAAUUGAUUUUUUUUCAAUUGUAAAUAAAUGCAAAGACAAAAUGUUAUGUCAUUGAAUUCUCAGUGCAAGGCUUUAUGUUUUUAUGCAAUUUAAUUUAUUUAACAUUGGUAAAGAAAAAAGUCAAGCCACAAAGUUUUUAUAUAAUUAUAUAUACAUGUAAUUAAUAUGUACAACAUGAAAACACAAGUUGUUUUGGAAUAAUUAGCUUUUUUCUCUAGUUUAUCCAUAACUUUAUAUGAUUAUUGUUUUUUGCUGCAGGUGAUGGUUGUAACAAUCCUUAUAAAAAUAUGGCAGCCAAUGUA